UCGGGAAUGUUGUUGUGUUCGGGAGACGUGGGAGGCAGUGAAGCACGUCCAUGUGACAGACAAACUGAAAUAGAAGCAGCCAGUCUUCCUCCAAGUAGAGUUCACAGGUGAAGCUAAACGAGUAGCAGGAGCCAUUACACCUCCAUCUGAAACUCAGGUCAGAAAUCUUAAAGUAGGAUCCAGACUUUCACCAGACCCUCCAAAAUGGGCGAAGAUGCUGCUCGAGCUGAUCAAAGCUCAUCCACCCUGCCUGCUCCAGCCAACUCUGAUUCCUCCACUGCUCCAGCAGGGGAUGCCCAGGAUCUCUUCAUCCCCAGUUCAACUCCUACCUCCCCGACUCACACACUCACCCGCCUGAGUAACAAAUCUCCAACCAGCCCAACAGGCACUGGAAACCAGGUGAGUGCCAUCACGGUGGUGGCACUGCUUGACCAGCUGGUGGUGAUGAUCGAGGCCGUGCAGGAGAACCAGCGGCGCAUGGAGAAACGCCAGGCUGACCUGGAGGGCACCGUGCGGGCCGUGCAGUCCGACUUGACUCGCCUAAGCAAGAGCCAUACGGUUACCUCUGGUGGUGUCAACAAGCUGCUCGAGCGUUCACGCAAGACUGGCAUCUACGUCAAAGAAGUGCGCGAGCGUCUUGAUCGCCAGAGUGGCCAAGUAAAGCGUCUGGAGGCCAACCAUGCCCACCUGCUCAAGAGGAAUCACUUCAAGGUGCUCAUUUUCCAGGAGGACAAUGAGAUCCCCACCACAUUGUUAACUAAGGAAUCAACAGCAGAUAUAGCCUCAACCUCUGUUCAGGAUGAGAGCGCUGCCUCUCCACGUGCUUCAAUGAUUGAUCCCAAUCACUCCCAUGAGGAAGGACUGCAGACCAUCAGCCUUUCCUCUGAUGAAGAGGAGGGAGCAGCGAGCCCCCCACUGGACGGGAGCACAUUGCCCGGCGAGGCGCAUGAGGAUGAGUUCCCAGGAGUGGGAAGUGAUCGUCUGGAGUGGUCUCGCACUGACAAGUUUAAGCGAUCCAGUCUGAAGAAGGUAGACAGCCUAAAGAAGGCUUUCUCACGCAGCAGCAUUGAGAAGAAGAUCAACAAGAUUGUGCCCCCUGAGCGGCGCGAAAAGAUCAUGAAGAGCUUCUCUCCCGGCCAUCCCAAAAGCCCAACCAGCAAGAGCUCGUCCUUUCGCGUCUCGCCCAUGACUUUCAACGUCAAGAAGGUUCGAGAUGGAGAAGGUGAGGCCACUCAGGCUGGCGUUGAAAAUGCUACAGUGGAGGUGCCACCCAUGGGGGGACCAGAUGGUCAGCUACCAAUGGCAGAGGUGCAUAACGAAGAGGAAAAGAUUAAUGGGAAGGAGCACAGUCCAUCCUCCACGGGCAGCGCAGAUGGGGGCGCUUCAGUUACAGAAGAUGCAGAGCUUGAUAGUGGUCCCUCAGACAAGGUUGCAGAAGAAGAGGGGUUAAAGGAGCCCAAUGAAGCUAAUAAUGGAGCUGAUGCUCAUGAGAAUGGUGGUCAUAAUGUUGGCGAUGAAGAGGAGGACAAGUCCAUGUCUGCACCUGAAUCUCCCCCGUCAGCUGCAGUAGCUAUCCAGCAAGCGUCUUAGAUUUACUAGCAUUCCAUCUAUUGCGGAGAUCUUGGCACGGGAGCAAACCAUCUGUUCAAAGUCAGUUGUGUUAUGUAAGAGCUUGUCUGAUAGAAAACAGGGUACUUGUGUAAAAAGACUUUUUGUUUCCUUGAACCGGGCUCUACAUGGUAAUGGGUGAAAACUAUUAAACAAACUGAAUUUUGUCUUACCACAAUUGAUAUGUUAAAAUUGUUAUAGCUCUAUCAUCUUGUAUAUAGUCUUAAACCCCUACUGCAUGCAAUCCUAUAUGUCACCUAUUAUUCUUCCCAAUAUACUGUUAUAAUAGAUAAUCAACUCAAGUGUGAUUCCAUAGAGUAAUUAAGGGAUUAAAAAUAUAGAUUGAGAAAUGCCCUUUUUCUGAAAAACCUGAGCUAAAAUCAGUUACCUAUGAGACACCAAUGAUAUAUUGUCUGAUUUCCCCAAAUAUCGUUUACUGCUUUCAGAGCAAAAUACAUUUUUACCAUAACUGAUAACACUGAAAAUUACUUUUAAUAAAGUGUUUAUCUGAGA